AUGGCCAGAUCGCUCAAGAAAACAGUCAGGUUGAGCCUAAGACAUGUCCGGAUCCGUUCUUCAACAAACAGGUUCAAACCGGACUCUAGUUCCAUAGAAAGAGAUCAGAGAAUCGAGUUUCUCGGAGGAGACAAUGGCGUUGGAGAAGAGGGAAACGUUGGCGACAGUAGUAGCGAGUAUGAAGAAUUUUUUGAAGAUGAGGGAGUAGAAGGAGAAGAAGAGGAACAAGAUGAUGAUGAUGAUGGCAAAAGCGUUGUAAGCGGUGGCAAAAGUGAACGCGAAGAGACAGAAGUGGCAGAGGAGGAGGCGGAGAUCAUUGAGGCAGGGAAUAGGGUGAUGGUGGUGGUGGACAAAGUGAUUGCUUCAACCGGAGCUCUUGAAUGGGCUUUGAAGCACACAUUACAAUCACAAGACUAUCUUUUUCUCUUAUAUUUCUCCAAACCCUUUAGAAAAGGCAAAAGUAAGAACCGGGAACGUGAAGUAAAGACAGACGAACUCGUCCACACUCUAAAGAAACUCUGCCAAACAAAGCGACCUGGGAUAGAGGUUGAAAUAAGAAGACUAGAAGGAAAAGAGAAAGAGAAAGGAGAGAAGAUAGUGGAAGAAGCAAAAGAACAACAAGUGAGCCUCUUAGUAGUCGGUGAAGAGAAGAAACCGCCGGUUUGGAGAUUAGUGAAGCGAUGGGGUUGGAAGAAACGGCGGGGCCGAGCCGGAGUUCUCAAGUAUUGCCUAGAGAAAGCUUCGUGUAUGACCAUUGCGGUUAAACCAAAGAGCCGUAAGCUUGGUGGCUACUUGAUCACAACCAAACGUCACAAGAACUUUUGGCUCUUAGCUUGA